AUGAAUGAAGAAAGUACUCAACAAGAAGUGACACAACAAACACUGCAAGUAAACGAUUCAAACAACACACAACUGCAAACAACACAAAAAGUGAAUUGCUCUAUUUGUGGGCAACUGGGGCACACUCACGAAAAUUGCAUUUGCAUAAAACAACAACAAGAAGAACUUGAAAAGGUGCGACAAGAUAAUUUGAAAGCAAAUGAAGAAGGAAAGACUGAAAAGAUAGAAAAGAAAAAGUCUGGCGUCGUGAGAGAACACCCAGAAAAGACUUCAAAAACCACUAAUACAUUAAAAAACGGAAAUUGA